AUGGACCUCUCAAACACCGAUCCGCGACUGCAAUUUGGCUACGACACCAGGUUUCCAUUCCCUCCGCAGCCUGAACCCUCUGACGGCGCGCGGUACGAUGGCGAGGGCGAUGGCGGUCUCCAGUAUGGCAUCCCGAUGCACACACGCGGGCAGGAGCAGGAAUGGGCGGGAAACAGCAGCAUGACUCGACUGCACAAUGCGCGCGGUCUACAAGAAUCGCCUGUGAAUAUUCCGCGACAGACUGCAAGCCCGAAGGCUCGAAUGAGGCCCGCCCAGCGCAAUAACGCGAUGGCCAACGAUCAGAUCUAUCUGCCCCUCACCCAGACAGGCUCCGGUAACCCGUCUUAUUUCGGAGCAGGGUCCUCCUCACAGGUACCAAAUACUCCCGCUAUUGACCCGUCGCUGGAGGCGGCAACUCUGCUGGAGCCGGAGCCGGAGCCGGAGCCAGAGCCAGAGCAAGAGCAAGACAGCUUUCCAAUGGUGACCAACCCUCCGAACUUGGACGCCUGGCGAGACCGCUUGUUCAACAUCGAACAACCUAUACACCUGACCGAGGAACAAUUUCUCACGUACUUUCCUCAUGUUGAUAAUGUUUACUCGCACCGUUCGACUCAGAAGUACAAACGGAAACCCUUCAAAUCACACUAUUGGGAUUGUAGGCUGAAGGGCAGGCCAUCAGGGACGAAGAAAUCAGACGAUCCCAACAAGAAGAAACGGAAACGCGAGAAGCGGGAAAGAGAUUUGUGCGAUGUCAAGAUCAAGAUCACUGAAUGGCAUAGCGCGGAUUAUUGCCGGGAGCAUGGCCUGGACAUGGAGGUCCCUCCAUUGAAUGGCAUAGCAGGCGACGAAUUGCAGCAUGUCAUGGGCGACGGGAGCGGAAACGGAGACGCAGGCGUCAAUGGAACAUUGGUCAACGGGAGUUCCUAUGGGCUUCUCGAGCCCGCGAAGCGAUUCCCCAGAGGCCACCCGGGCGCCAGUGGGAAGAAAUGGUAUACGAUUCAACGCGUCAAUGGUACCGCAAAUUCGAAUGCAGCUGGAGGAACUGGAAACGGUGGUGCCGACAAUAUGCUCAAUGGAGAUCUCGACGGGGCGGGCUCUGAGGGUAAGGACCUAGAUCACAAGCAUACUCUUGAGGAGAGCGACCGAAUCAAGAAGAACAGUGUGCAACGCUUCAUAUUGAAGGAGGAAAAGGAAAGGCGCACAUCGACGAAGAAGAAGCCCAACGAAGGUUUACAAACAUCACCCACCGCGUCCAGCAUUUUCAACUUCUACCGAGCGACUGGCCUCGCCUGCAAUACCGUUUCAUCCCACUUAAACCCCGCGCCCAGUCAAAUUACGUUCUUUGGCAACGCGUAUUGCCCUUUCGCGCAGAGGAUCUGGAUCACCCUCGAGCUCAAGAGGCUGGCGUACCAAUAUGUGGAGUGCUUGCCUCAAGAUUUGGCGCUGUCAAUAGGCGGGCAUGUUAAGCAUCCUGGCAUGCCACAGGAACUGUUGGAAGUGAACCCAGAAGGAUACAUACCAUGCAUCAGACAUGGGAACUGGGCUGUGUGGGAAAGCAGCGUCAUGAUGGAGUAUCUGGAAGAAUUGGAGCCAGGUGACGUUCAUGGAACUUCUAGCAGUGUGGGAAUUGUCGCUCUGCUGCCACCGAAAGAGAGCAAUAGCCUCAGAUUGCGGGCACACUGUCGGCUAUGGGUGGACCAUGUGGAGAGGAAAGUUCUGCCAGCGUUCUACGCAGUCCUACUGAUGCCGCCACCACCUCCGAGCACAGUCGGUACUACAGAUCCGACAGAGAUGGAAGCGCGACAGAAGCAAGAGGAAAAUCGUGACGUCCUGAUGCAAACGCUUCAGGCAGCAAUUGCGAAGCUUGUGAAUGCGAGUCAUGCGACUGGACCGUUCUUCCUUGGCGAGGGCAUCAGCUACGUCGAUGUGGCCUUCGCGCCAUGGAUCAUAAGACUGUCGCGGGUUCUGCAGCGCUAUCGCGGCUGGAAGAACCCAGACAUGGGCAUACGAUGGCAAAGCUGGGCAAAUGCGGUCGAGAGCGACGAGCGGGUCAGGAGAACUGUCUGUCAAGAUGAGGGAUAUCACAGCGUCUAUCAGGGAGUCGGUGAGGACGGCUGGAACAAUACGAGCUGGCUUAGAGAUAGGAAGAAGAGUAUGCUUGAGAUGAAUUACGCCAGACAGGUUAUCAGGCGCGAGGGAUUCGGAUUGGGAGGUGAUCUUUACGGACGUUUGGGUGCCGAUGGUCCUCCAUGA